CAACGAUGCUUAACUACAUAUGAGAACUUGUUGAGGAGAAGUUCCAUAAGGUCUGCACAUUCUGAUACUUGGCUGUCCUUGAAUUCUUGGGGAAACGCACGUGCUGAGCGGUUGACGGUCGACAAUGUCUACAAAUAAGAUCGUCAGAGUCGGACUGAUAGGUCUUGGGGAGGUCACCCAGGUUGCCCAUAUUGCUACAUUGGGCUUCCUCUCCGACUACUUUACCAUAACCUACCUCUGUGACGUGUCUCAAGAGGCGCUCCGGCAUAGUUCUCAGAAGGUCAUCAAUCAUGUUCCGCACGUGACACAGUCUCCGAGAGAACUGUGCGCGUCCCCCGAUGUUGACCUGGUCUUCAUCGCUAGUUCGGACGAGUACCAUACUGAUCAUGUCAUUGAGGCCUUGAAACAUGACAAGCAUGUCUUCGUUGAGAAGCCCAUGGCUUUAUGUGCUAGAGAUGCCGAUGCUAUCAUUACUGCUGAGCAAAAGUCUCAAGGGAGAGUCAUGGUAGGCUACAUGCGACGAUUUGCAACAGCAUUUGUGGAUUUGGUGCAAGAGGUUGGAGGUAUUGACAAGAUCCUCUAUGCUCGAGUUAGAGACAUCAUUGGGCCUAACAGCCAUUUUGUUUCUCAGUCAGGGACCUUUCCCAAGGUCUUUACUGACUUUAGUCCGGAAGCAAUCGCGGAGAAGAAAGCGAAAGCCGAUGAUAUUGUCAAUCAGGCACUGGCUGUCGAAUGUGGUGUGCCUGUUACGUCUGAGACCACCAAGAUGUGGCGCCUGCUCUGUGGGCUGGGAUCUCAUGAUUUGUCGGCAAUGAGAGAAGCGCUCGGGCAACCAGAAGAUGUAGGCGGUGCCUUUAUGAGCCCCAAUUUUUGGAGCGCCAUGUUUCGAUAUCCGGGUUUCUCCGUCACUUAUGAAUCUGGUAUUGAUAAUGUGCCGCGCUUCGAUGCACAUCUCGAGGUCUACAGCCUCCAGAAAUCGGUCAAGGUGUCAUGGGAUACCCCGUAUGUCAAAGGUCUGCCUGUGACCAUGCUCAUCCGUGAGAAUGUCGAUGGUGCAUACCGAGAAACUCUCGUGAGGCGAACAUAUGAAGAUCCGUACACACUUGAAAUGAAGGAGUUGUAUGACGUGGUCGUUGGUGGCAAAGAGAUCAAGACCACGGCCAAGGAUGCGAAAGAGGACCUGAGGACAUUUCAACUGCUCAUGAAAGCCGGACAGCGACAACAUCGACGAUAGCGUCCAUCUAGGCAUGGGAAAGUGAGCAACUCGGUGCUCGGUGCUUUUGCCCAGAUCAGGCUGGACGCAUUCAAACAGGCACAUCCGAAUCCUCGGCACUGCUCAGAUCGCUGUCAGUGUCUACUCCUAAAGUAGCACUGAUGCCCCCUUGCAGUCCUGUGGCGUUUGCCCUCUGGCGUUGUCGCUUUUCCUCCUCUGCUUUUUUCCUUCUGGCACGCUCCCUCUCGCGGCCCCGUAACUUUGCCAGGAGACCCUUUUUCCCAUCUUCACGUGGGGCGCUCAUCUUAUCGAGCCAGUCGCCAUUGCUGAUUCCGCUUUUCAGCCUGGGCGCUGCAGCCACUUUUGUAGGGGAG